UUUUCUCUUUCUCUUUGUUUACAAUUUUGUCUCUUGAAUUUACAUUGAGUCAAUUUCUUGUUUUCUAUUCUUAUUACUGUUCCUCCUCUGUAUUAUUUAGUAAUUUUAGUUUAAUCGUGUGUUGUUUUUGAUGAAUAGUCGAAGAUUUUUAUAAUUGUCUAAACCAAAUUAUCUAUUGCAAUGUCGGAUUCAAAUGGUAAAGAGGCUGAACUGAAGGGAAUCCGAUUUGCCCAAGAUGCAAUUGAACAUGACAAUUGUAACGACAUUGAAGCCGCUCUUUCCUCUUACCGUGAGGCCAUUCACUAUUUGUUAAUCGCCAAAGAUUCUGGAUCAACAUUACCCAAUCUAAUAGAUAAGAUUGAAUCUUACCUUGAGAGAGCAGAAAUUUUGUCAAAUAUUUUGCGAGAUAAAGAUAAUCGUUCACAAUCAUCUAACCCUGGUAACAGUAUUGAUAAUGGAUUAAUGGGCAGAGCUCAAUUCUUACUCAAUCAAGCCUUGGAACAAGAUGCCUCGGGCAAUCACAAAUUUGCCAUAGAAAUGUAUCUCGAUGCUGUGGAAAUUUGUCUAAAAGCGAAAGAUUCAACUGAAGAUGAAGAGAGGAAGAGAAAAUUGUCCCAAUUAGCUCAAAGUGCAAUCUCCAGGGCAGAAGAACUGUCUGAUAAAGGGAAAGAUGUCGAUGAAGUUACUUCCUCUCUUGGAAAUUGUAACAUUAAAAAAUCCGAAUCAACAACCACCAACACUGAGAAUCCGAUUUCAGGUUCAUCUCAAAACGAUUCAUAUGAAUCUUCAGGAGCUUGGAAGCGAACAUCAUUUUCAGAGAAACGAUUAACUGUUAUUGGAACAUCUAGUUACUCUCGUGAAGAAUUAGCUGUGAUUAAGAAAACCUCUGUCAUCAAUGGAUUAGAGUAUUUACCUUUCACAAUUGAUCUAAAAGAAAGGUUUGCCUUUCCGUUACCUUUUACUGAUAAAAUUGGUCAAUUAACUUUAUCAAGUAAACAGAAACGAUGUUUCCAUCGGUGGUCAAGACUUGAGGAUAUUGCUGCUAGUCCAUUAAUCAUCAAAGAAGUUGAUUGUUUCAGUGUCAAACAAACCCUAGUCUCUGAUUGUUCAUUCAUCGCUUCAUUAACCGUUGCUGCUUUGUACGAGAAAAGAUUCAAGAAGAAACUAAUUACCAAUCUGAUUUAUCCACAAAAUGUCAAUCGACAACCAGUUUAUAAUCCUUGUGGCAAAUACAUGAUUAAACUUCAUAUUAAUGGAUUAGAUCGUAAGGUGAUCAUUGAUGACUAUUUUCCAGUCGAUGUAAAUAAUGGCCUUUUAUGUUCACAUUCCGUUAAUCAUGAUGAAUUCUGGGUUUCGAUCUUGGAAAAGGCCUACAUGAAAGUCAUGGGUGGUUAUGAUUUUCCUGGCUCUAAUUCUAGUAUUGAUUUAAAUGCUUUAACUGGAUGGAUUCCUGAACGAUUAACAACCAAAGAUUCACUGAUGAAAACUUUUCGUGGUUUAGUUGACCGUUACAAUCGAGGUGAUGUCUUAAUAACGGUUGCAACUGGUGAUUUAUCUGAAUUUGAUCAAGAAAGAUCUGGAUUAGUGCCUAAUCAUGCAUACGCUGUUUUGGACAUUAAAGAGGUUGAUGGUAAUCGUUUGUUUUUACUCAAAAAUCCUUGGAGACAUUUAUCUUGGAAGGGAAAUUUUUCCGAUAUUGAUAAUGUCAACUGGACACCAUCGUUGAAACAAAAGCUUCAUUAUGAUCCAAGAUCUGCUCGUAAUCAUGAUAAUGGUGUUUUUUACAUCGAUAUUAAAUCUUUGAUCAACUUUUUCGACACAAUGUAUCUUAAUUGGAGCUGUUCACUUUUUAAAUAUACUUUUUGUACUCAUGGAUGUUGGCAAGCGGGAUUAGGACCAGCGAAAGAUUUGUACAAUAUCGGUGAGAAUCCACAAUUUGCUUUGGACGUUUCCAGUGAUUCGACAUCAGUUUGGGUUCUAUUGACUCGGCAUAUUGUCGAUAAACAAGAUUUCGCUCAAAAUCGUGAAUUCAUCACUUUAGUUGUUUACAAAGGAACCGAAAAAGUUUAUCUACCCUUCGAUCCCGCUCCUUAUAUUGACGGAGUCCGAAUCAAUAGUCCACAUUAUCUAUGCAAGAUUAACAUUCCCGAAGGUGGAGCAACCAAAUUCGUUCUGGUCAUUUCUCAAUAUGAGAAGACGACAACCAUUUAUUACACAAUCAGAGUUUAUUCACCUGUUCUGUUUACCUUUAAACGAUUAAAUGAAUCCUAUCAAUAUGUUGAAAAGAUAACUAAUGGUUCAUGGGAUGAAUCAACUGCCGGUGGUUGUCCCAAUUUCCCGUUAACAUAUAAACUCAAUCCCGUUUAUUUACUUGAUGUCAAAGGUGCCAAUGAGGCAACUAAUGAUCUUCUCAUUGAUCUUAAAGGACCCAAACAGUAUUCUGUUGGAUUUGAAAUCAGACCAGUUACACCCUGUAAUCCGAAUAGUUUGUCACUUUUUGAUCGAGCUCAUUCUGGUGCAUAUCGAUCUGGUUUCACCAUUUUAAAAUUGAGAAAAGUGCCACCGGGUACAUAUCACAUAAUCCCAUCGACGUUUGAUCCACACCAGAAAGGACCUUUUUUCUUGACUAUUAAAUCAACCUGCCCAAUCUCAAUUGCGAGGAUCAAAUAAUAUAGUUUUAAUUGGCAAAUCAUCACAUCGAAAAUUUUAUUUUGAAAAUUAUCUUGAUAUUUAUUUUUUAUUAUAACAUUAUUGAAGUUUUCAAGAUUGGAAGCCAUUCUCAUCAUCUUUAAUUGAUAUGUAAAUUUUAUGUGUGUUGUGAAAAUGUCAAGGAGAUAAAGAGAUUAGUUAAUCGUUUUAUAACUUUGUUUUCUUCUCUUUAUCUCUAUCUCCUUCAUAGGUGGAAGUCACCUUUAUUUGACUUAUCUCUCUCUUUUAUAAACAGAAUAUUGAAAAAAGUAAAUAAAGUAAUGUAAUUCACCCCGAUCAGUGAAGAUCAAUUAAGGUGACUAUGAAUAAAAAACUAAUUGUGAAACAAAAAAAACUUAAUUCAGUGAUUGGAAUAAAAUCCUUAAAGUUGUUAAAUCGAAGAA